AUGAUUCAUACCCGCAUCUAUUUUAUGCUUUUGCUAUUCCUUGCCAUGACCCCCCAUGCUAUUGCAUGGCUCCAGUUACCGACUUGGGUUACGAGCAUAUACCACUCUCAGUGGUCACCUUCCUCAACCGACCUUAUCGAAGACUGCAGUGAUGCUUCAUAUGCUGUGGAGAUCAAGGAUAUCACAUUGACGCCAUCUUUCCCUGAGCCUGGCAAAGAGUUGUUGAUUGAAGCAGAGGGGAUUAUCAAGGAACCCAUCGAAGAUGGCGCCUAUGUUGAAGUCACUGUCAAGUUGGGUGUGAUCACACUCAUCCGCAAGACAUUUGAUCUCUGUGAAGAGAUGCAAAAAAAUGAUGUACUAGACUGCCCAGUGAAAAAAGGUCCCCUCACGCUCGCUAAGAAGGUUCAGCUGCCAAAGGAAAUUCCAAGGGGCGAUUUCCGUGUAUUUGCACAAGCCUACAACUCUGAUGAAUCCGAUCUUGCUUGCCUCAAGGCUCAUGUUGACUUUAGAAAACAUCGUUUUGGUAGAUUCACUUAUUAA